AUGGGGAUUCAACAACACCCUCAAGAAUCUCUUUUUGAGUAUUGGAUGAGGUUUCUUGAGUUGCUUGCAAAGUGCCCAUACCUAAAUGUGGGCAAGGAGUUCCUCAUUGAUUAUUUCCAUGUGGGGUUGCAAAUUCAUGAUAGAGAGACCAUAGAUGCUGCUGCAAAUGGCUCUCUAUUAGAUCUUCCACUGGAUGAUGCAUGGACCUUGUUGAAAAAGCUUACAAACAAUAACCAACAAUAUAGCUCAAGAGAUGCAAGGGAAUCGAAAAUGGACAUGAUGCUUAAGAGGCUAGAUGAUCUUGAAUCAAAGCAACAAAGCACUGAUUUGGUGGUACAACAAUUUGGGAAUUCAAAUAGCAUUAGCCAAGCUCAAGGAAGUGGAAAGCUUCCAACUCAACCUGUCAUCAAUCCAAAGAGCCUUAGUGCAAUUGAGUUGAGGAGUGGAAGAGUUCUUGAAGCCAUUCCAAGUGCCUCAAACCAUGGUGGCAGCAAGCCUAGUGAGGUUAUUUCGAGAAAUUCUCAAAUUUGUGAAGGAAGACCACUUUCUCUUGCUGAUUCACGUGAUUCUACUUGCUGUGACAGCAAGCUAAAUGUGCAUCCAAAGAUUGUAGUUGAGAAUGCAAAUGGAGCAAGAUCAACCCUGAAUGCUCAAGAAAAAGAGGUGAAAUUGAGCUCAAAUCAAGGCCAAGACAGUACUGGAACAGCCACGGUUCAUCCAUCUUCUAAGGCAAAUGAGAAUGAUUCAAGCAAGGCUAAGGAGAAAGAGGUGUUGGGAAGAAGAGAGCCUCUAAAAGAAUAUCAAAUUGGGGACCCUAUUCUAAGGGAUAUGCCAUUCCCUAAGGCCUUGACUAGAUUUGCUAAGAAGGGGCAAGAAGAAGAUAGGCAUGAUGUGUUUGAUAUAUUGAAGAAGGUGGAAGUGAACAUACCACUUCUUGAGAUGAUAAAAAGCAUGCCUAAGUGUGCAAAGUUUUUGAAGGAGUUGUGCACUAAUAAAAAGGGAUUCAAACCAUUGGCUACAGUUUAA